CUCAUACUCAAAGCCAUACUUAUACCUCUAUUAUUCAUACUCUUGCUCAAUUGAGACAUUCGACGCGAAUUGUGUACUGGAUAUAUCAUCAUCGUAUGAAGUGACACCUUGCCUACACACCGACACAAUUGAACAUCAUCAACAUCUAUACAGUUGAACAAAGCACCAACCAACCUGAGUCAAGCACAACCACAUCCACAGCCUCAAACCAACCCUGGCAUCACACCCAAAACGAACAAAAACAAAACCAACCACCAAAAUGCCCUCCAAAACCACCACCCCCUCCCUUAAAUCCACCUCCACAUACCACGGCGACAACAACGACGACGCCGCCUCCACAUCGAGCGUCUCCUCCACCGCCUCGACCCUGAAAUCCCUCACCACCAAGUGCCUCACCAAGCUCAAAUCGAAAGAUAUGGAGAAGGACUCGAAAGACGCGCCGGCACCGACGACGACAACGACAACAACGAAGACCAGCACCAGCCCCAGCACGUCUACGCACAAGCACAGCAAGUCCGGCUCCUCGUCGGGGGGGAAGAUGGCUAAAGUCGAUUACGAGACGCUGGGGACGUAUCUUGCUUUGAGGUGAUGUUGUUCUCUUUGCUUGAAAGGAGGAGGUGGAGGCGGAGGGUAGGGUGUUUAGGAGGAAAGAAAAGAAGGGGAGGAGGAAGAAUGCAUAUAUUAUACAGAGUAGUACAUGUGCACGGAUGAUAAUGGGGAGGGAUGGAGGGAGCAUCAGGUAGCAUGACACGAAAGAAACUCUACCCAAAAGUUUGCGUGGGAGAGUGUCAAUUACGGAUAUUACGAUGGGGAUAUGGUAUGGCUUUUUAUUUUAUUUUUUUUUGCCUGUUUCUAUUCGGCCCUUAUUGGCGUGAGUAUCAGAUUCCUGUUGAUUCCUUUGUGAAUGGUCAAUGUAUUUUGUAUUGAAUUCUCAUCCUUUGGUCCUUUCGCAUACUCUUCCAGGUGCACA